UCAUUCUUUAGUCCUCCUAUUACCGUGGUCCAUGCUUCGUAGCGCAACAUCAGCCCUGCUGCGGACCAGCACUGAGCUCUCCACCGUCUUUCUGGUGCCGAAGGUCCGCCUCCUGAUCCCCACCAGGCCGCUCUCCCAGCCGGUCCGCCUCCUGACCCUCACCAAGCCGCUGUCCCUCCCGGUCCUCCUCCUGACCCACUCCAGGCAGCUCUCUGUGCCGUUCCGCCGGACUCCCUCCAGGCCGCUCUCCGUGCCGGUCCGCUCCUCUCAGACCAAGAAGAAGCCCCGCAGUCUGCGGCUGUCCGGAGGACUCUACAUGGACCCCGCGAUGGAGGAGAUUCUAGCCCCGCUGAGGCUGGCAGUAAAGGAGCAGGGGGAACUUGUGCGCCAAAUGAAGCAGGACGGCCUGCCCGACGUAGAUGUCACCAAAGCUGUAGCCGAGCUGAAGGCAAGGAAGAGAACUCUUGAAGCUAAGGAGCUGUCCCUGGAGCCCAAAGAUGACAUAGUGGACCGAACAAAGAUGGAGGAUACCUUGAAGAGGCGGUUCUUUUACGACCAGGCCUUUGCCAUCUAUGGAGGCGUGAGCGGCCUGUACGACUUCGGCCCUGUGGGGUGUGCCCUGAAGAACAACAUCCUGCAGGUGUGGAGACAGCACUUCAUCCAGGAGGAGCAGAUCCUGGAGAUCGACUGCACCAUGCUGACUCCCGAGUCCGUGCUCAAAACAUCUGGGCAUGUGGACAAAUUUGCAGACUACAUGGUGAAGGAUGUGAAGAACGGCGAGUGCUUCAGGGCGGACCAUCUUCUCAAAGCCCACCUGCAGAAGCUGCAGGCUGAUAAGAAGUGUGCUGCUGAGAAGAAGGCAGAAAUGGAGGAGGUGGUCACCCAGAUGGACAACUUCACUCAGGAAGAGCUGACAGCACUUUUUGUUAAAUACAGUGUCAAGUCGCCAACCACAGGCAACGACCUUUCCGCCCCCAUCUCCUUCAACCUGAUGUUCCAGACCUCCAUCGGCCCUGGGGGGAACAUGCAAGGCUAUCUGCGGCCUGAAACGGCUCAGGGAAUCUUCCUCAACUUCAAGCGCCUGCUGGAGUUCAACCAGGGAAAGCUGCCCUUCGCUGCGGCCCAGAUCGGCAACUCAUUCAGGAACGAGAUCUCCCCUCGCUCCGGGCUCAUCCGUGUGAGAGAGUUCACCAUGGCAGAGAUAGAGCACUUUGUGGACCCCACGGAGAAGGUCCACCCCAAGUUCUCCAACGUGGCCGACCUGAACAUCACGCUGUACUCCUCCAAGGCCCAGACCAGUGGGCAGUCUGCCCACAUCAUGAGGCUGGGAGAUGCGGUGGAGCAGGGAGUGAUUAAUAACUCCGUCCUGGGAUACUUCAUUGGAAGAAUCUACCUCUACCUGACCCGAGUGGGUGUGGCCAAAGACAAGCUGCGUUUCCGCCAGCACAUGGACAACGAGAUGGCCCACUAUGCCUGUGACUGCUGGGACGCAGAGACCAAGACCUCCUACGGUUGGAUCGAGAUCGUGGGGUGUGCCGACCGCUCGUGCUUUGACCUGAAGUGCCAUGCCCAAGCGACCAAGGUGCCGCUGGUGGCAGAGAAGCCCCUCAAAGAGCCCAAAGUUGUGAACGUGGUCCAGUUUGAGCCAAACAAAGGAGCCAUCGGCAAGGCCUACAAGAAAGACGCCAAGCUCGCCAUGGAGUACCUGUCCACGUGUGAGGAACACGUCAUCUCGGAGCAGGAGAAGCUGCUUACUGAAACGGGUGAGUUCACCAUCGAGACGGAAGGCAAGUCGUUCCGGCUGACCAAGGACAUGGUCAGCGUCAAGAGGUUCCAAAAGACUCUGUACGUGGAGGAGGUUGUCCCCAAUGUGAUCGAGCCAUCCUUCGGCAUCGGGAGGAUCAUGUACUCCAUCCUUGAGCACACCUUCCAUGUCCGGGAGGGGGACGACCAGAGGACGUUCUUCAGCUUCCCUGCAACGGUGGCUCCUUACAAAUGUUCCGUCCUUCCCCUGAGCCAGAACCAGGAGUUUGUUCCUUUCGUCAAAGAGCUGUCGGAGGCCAUGACCAAACAGGGCGUGUCCCACAAGGUGGACGACUCCUCCGGUUCCAUCGGCAGGCGCUACGCCCGCACCGACGAGAUCGGUGUGGCCUUCGGCAUCACCGUGGACUUUGAUACAGUGAACAAGACGCCCCACACCGCCACGCUGCGGGACCGCGACUCUAUGACCCAGAUCAGGGCCCAGGUCAGCGAGCUGCCCGGCAUAAUCCGGGACUUGGCCAACGGCAGCAUGAGCUGGGCCGAGGUCCAGAGCAAGUACCCCGUCUUCGAAGGACAGGAGACCAGCAAGAAGGACACUGCUGAAGAGUAGCCCCCCACCCCCCCUCCUCCUCUCAUCCAUCCGCCACUAAACUCUAGAACGACCGUCUCCAGACUCAUCCCAUAGGCUCCACCCCCACAUCGUGUUGUCCAAUAAGGGGUGCUGGGGGGGCGCCCCACCUGCUGGGGACAUUCAUCACUACGUCCGAGCACUGUCAUGGAGGGGGCAUGACAGCUGGGGGGCCUCAUGAGGCGGCCUCCGCAGCAUGUUUUACAAAGGGAUAUACACUCUUCAGGCUGAGCCGUGUGUUGGGAGGUCUGCUGUUCCACGGUUCAA